AUGGUCUCUGUCGCAACAUGUGGCAACCUCGCAAUAACUUCUACACCUCGAAACACUGCCUCUUUACUCUUCACGCUGCAAAUGUAUAUAGAUUGCGUCACACUUCAUCCAGUGCCAUCUCCAAUUUCUGUCCCCUUAUUGCUUGCCUUUCAGCUGCUACAGUACGAGAUUGUCCUAUUUGACGACACUUUAUCCUGUAAUGAAGCUCUGGAUGGACUUCAUGAACCUGCAGUGACUAAACUGCAGUAUGGCAAAUCGUGUUUAUUUGAAGCAAGUCCCAAUGAGCUCGUUCGCGAGCUGCAGCAAGAUGUCGAGGCACCACUGACGCUUCUAAUACUCGCUAAGGAACACGGUAGGGGUCGACUUCGAGCUUUUGCUGCCGUGCCUCUAGCUCUAAAAGCUGACCUGCUUGAUGAUGACACAUCGAGUAACGACAAUCUGCUCCACAUUUGCGAGUGGGCGAGUCACAGCGGUUUGUGGGAGCUCAGAGAUCACAGCAGUUUAAGCGUAGGAAGCGUGACUGGAACUAUCACGCUGUCCUGUCUAGGCAAUACACUAGCUCCUCAUCUAAGGCAUGCGCUUGGUGUACAGGUGGACAAAUUUAAGACUCCUACUACACGUCGAGUCGUCCAAGAAAAUAUAACAAUGCAGUCGACGAAUUCAGUGAAUGAAAAAACUGGUGAAUCGCAGGCGAAACAAGUUGGGGUGACGAACUUACGCCAGGUUAAGAAGGAAAACGGCGAUACGAGAGUGUUGAAACAAGAUCUAAGUGUGCAGUGCGACCAGGACAUGCUUGACAAAUUUGUAGUCACAUCGGAGUUACAAAAUAAGGGCAGCAAAAGACAUGAUUCUCAUAGUCUAAGUGCAGACUCGGAGAGAGCCAAGAUCACAAAUUUUUGCUGUGAUGAUCGAUUUGUACACUUAAGAAAGACAUCAAUGCAAAAGGUCGCACAACAUCAACCAAGCAUUGACCACAGGCGUAUAAGAGAUGCAAAAUUGACAAAAAUGUCCGUCGACGCUGUUAAAGUGGGAUUGUUGUUCCCAAGAGAACCACCGCCGCCGCUUUUUUUCGAGAAAAAAUCAAGUGUUAGUAGGUCUUCAAGCUUGUGA